GUGCUGUGCUGGGAGAGGAAGCAGACCGGACACCCAGAAGCAGGGGCCCUUUCUCUGUGGGGAGAAGAGAAGGUGCUAGACCUCUUCGAGACACCCUAACCAGGCAUUAGGAUGAAGGCUUCGCUGGCCUCCAUGUCGCUGUUGUUGUUGCUGCUGCUGCUGCUGCUAUGGGGACCUCCCUGUGGUGCCCAGUGCUUCAGUAACCAGAGCCUAGUGGAGGGUAAACUGAACCUAAGCUACCAGAAGAAUUGCACUUGGCUGGACUGGAAUGAUUUUCUUGGUAUAAACAACCUGACCCUCCUGAACCUCAGCCACAACCAGCUGACAGAACUGCGGGGGAGUUCCCAGAACCUGACCAUCUCCCACCUUGACCUGUCGGCAAACCGACUGCAAAUGCUCCUGCCAGACUCCUUGGGCCCCUUGGAGUAUCUCAACCUGUCCGGUAACCCUCAGCUGGCCACAGUCCCCCCAGACGUGGCGAGCCGCUGCAGCCUGAAACUGCGAGUGGACUGUCGCUGCAAUGUGGCAGGAAGCGUGGUCCUUGCCCGCAACUGCUCGUCUGCCCAACCGGAGUGCAGCCACCUGCAGGGCCAGGUCCUCGACCUCGCCACCUUCUACUCUGGGUGCCGCAACCGCCGGAUCGCUCUCAUCGCGGGGGUCACUGCCGCCGUCGGAGCUGUCAUCAUACUGGGUGUGGGAAGCAUAGCAGUGUUGGUCAAGCGGAAACACCGAAGGGAUGUGACGGUGCAGGAGAAGUGGAGCAGCAGCGUGGGAUCUGUUGCUGCCAGCCAGCAGCCCCGCUACAGCAGCCGGAGCCCUGUGGUUCUCGAUGGCGCCAAUUCCGACGAAGACUACGAAAACGUGUUUGAGGGUAGCCCUGUGGGCGUGCAUCUCCAGGAGAGGGACUCAGGAGAUGGUAUAAGCAGCAGGGUCAGGCUGCCAGAGGACGAAAGCAACUACAUGAACUAUAAGAAUCUUGCAGACAUCGAGCAGCCUGUUUACUGCAACCUGCCGGACCUGGGCUACUGCCACUCAUGGGAGCUGGAGACCAACUUCCAGGAGUAGUACAUCCUGCCAGAACAGUGAAACAUUCCCGGCUCGGUCCCACCGCCCCUGGGGCAGCUCAGCCCAGGCCUUGGCCAGACAGCACAGAACACCUGGGCCCAUCAGACCCAAAAACAAGCCCCAAGCUGUGGCAGCACAGAGAGGGGUCAGAGAUGGAACAAGAUUGAACCUCAGAGCACACCCCCUCUCUCUGAGCUGUGGUCAGGGAGGGAUCCUGGUGCUCCCAGGCAGUCCGGGCACCCUUUACCCCAAUUACCCCACCACCCCCACCCCACACCACAGUUCUUGGUGAUACUUUCAGCCAGGGUGGGUCUCUGAGCUGUGCCCUCUCCCUUCUCCAACUUCCCAGGACACAACUAUGUCUCUUCAAGCUCCGUCACCUCAGGAAACCACCUCCCUCUCCCUUCCCCAGAGGUGCAUGCAGAAAAGGGGAAGAUGCUGGCCAACCCACUCCCUUCUUUAGCUGUAGCCUGAGACCCUGGGGCAGAGACACCUUCUGGGGAGUGAGUAGUGGGGAGCGAAGACCUCAGCACCUUCUCCCGGGUUUGAGGAGUGGGGGUGAGCGUGAAGCUGGGCUUUUAGAGCCGGACCAGAAUGGGUCACUGAGACAUUUCCUUCCUCUCUAUAAACCCUACACUAAACAGACUGCG